AAAUGAUUGGUGAUGUACAAUAUUUUUUGGUUGAAUAGAGAAUAGGAAUGAAAAUAGAAAAAUGAAAAUGAAGUUCAUCUCCAUAGUGGAGAAGGGGAAUGUGUGAUAUCUAUUGGUGGAGUAAUCUCAUUUCCAUCUCGUCUAAUUUUUCCAAUCAAAUAUAAAUUAUUGUCUAUUCCUUUCAUAAUCACGUAAACCAAAUGACCUCUUAGCAUUUUCUGUGAUGUGCUGUUUCUUCAAUUACAUUGGGUGGAAAAAUGUUGUCGGUAAGUAGCACGUACACUUCAUUCAAUCGUCAUAAACUUGGCAUUUUGUACACGCAACUUUAUUUUUAACAUAAUAAACCUUAAAAUAGCAAUUUUUUUCCUGUUCUCCUGUCUUCGUUUCUGUGCUACAUAGGUUGGUAAUGAGUAUAAAUACUUUACUUGGAAUUGAAAAUGAGUUCUCUUAAGAAUUUGAUGAGAGACCAAGUAAUUUUUUGAACUUUAGGAUAGGAUAAUUUUCGAAGAGAGGCUGUAGCUGCUGAAAAUUUUAUGAGAUUGCCAUUAGGAUUGAGAGCUUGUGAAAAGACUGUUUUGUUUUAAAAUUGCUCUUGGUGAAUGGAGAGCCCUACAAGCUGUUUUCUUAUGUUAAAAUUCACGUAUACUGUUUUGCUUAUCGAAUCUAGUAAUUUGUAUUGGAUUAAAGUAAGGCUCCAGUAGCUUUUAUAGUUGGAGAGGUUCAGUGUUUGUUUUUGUUUAGUGGAACUAAAACGGUAGGUGAUGAAUGUAUAGCUGGAAUGUUGUAGUGCCGGUACAAGUUUCUUGCGGGCUUACUCUUUUCAUUAUUUCGAUACUUAUGAUAAUGUUACAGCUUAUUUAUGAGCUAUGUCAUGGUUUGAAUUUGAAGAUUAUAUGCUGUUUACGUUGAGCAUACUUGUAUGUUCAACUUAAUAGUUCUUAGAAAUCAAAAUAUUCAUAUGCAUUAUAAUGUUAGGAUCUUCAUCUUGGUUGGUCUGUGAUUUCUAGAAUUGGCAAUUACAAUUGCUAACUACAUUACACCAUGUAAAUUACUAGAUCAGCUGUUGCUUUAGGUGGUAAUGAACCCAUUUGAAGCAUAUUGUCUUGUGCAAGGCUUUUUAUUUUUUUGCAAUUGGCACUUUCAAAAUAAAGUCUAGCUAAUCGAAGAUGGUGGCAUAAUUAAAUAGUGCACGCUAAUGUACUUGGGUUGGGUGAUUAUGUCUUCAUUAGAAGUUGCUUGAUUGAAGGCAUAAGUAGUGUUUGGAGGGUGAGAAACAAUUUAUUUGCUUGUAAAUGUUUAUAAUUCCCCGACAUUGUAGUAAUUUCUCUAAUAAAAAGAGGAGUUCUGCUUUGACCGAUAGUUGAACAAAUGAGUCAAGUAUUCAACAAUUUCCUUCCUUACAAUUGUCGCAAGUGGUGGAUUUUCCUUCGUGCUGAUUGUCUUCCUCUCCUUGCAAUCAUGUUGCAACUAAGCCUUUCAAAUCAGCAACACAUAUUAACACAGUUGUAAUUUUUUUGAAUAUUAGAGGAAACAAGAAGUCAUAUCUUGAACUUGAAACUAAGAGCGAUUCUGGAUGUAUUCUCUCACUGAGACUAAAAUCUAAUAGAGUACAUGUUUGGUUCAUGAAAUAGGUGUGGAAUGGAAUAGCUAUUCCGCAUAGAAUGACAAUUCUUUGCUUUGGUUCAUGGAUAGGUAUUUCAAAGAAUUGCUAUUCCAUGAUUUUGUGGAAGAGGAAAAUUUUCCUGCUGCCCCGGGCAGCAGGAGUUUCCUGCAGUCUGCGAGGUGGCAGCCUGACAAGCUGCCACCUCACAGACUUUUCCUUUUUACCAAACUGGUAAAUUGUCCAGUUCAGUCCUUAAUAAUUCUAGGACUGAACUGGAAAAUUAGCCUAAGUAUUCCUAAUUUAUGACAGAAACGUCCCGCACGCAGCCCUAGCAUUUUUUUUUUUUAAUUUGAUGAAUACGCAACCCCAGAUUAACAGUAUAUAAACAUCUUCUUUCCAUUCAAAUCUUUAACUUCAAUCAAUUAUAACUUCAUAAUUUCAAUUUCUCUAUUCAUUCCUUUUUCAAGGCUCAGUUGCUAAUAUUUUGAAACUUUAUUAAUAGCUCAAGUAUCCAUUGUCGUUCACAAAGAAUAAGACUUAUGGAUAUCGAGGUGCCCUGUGUUGGUAAAAAAUUUGACAGUGAAGAGAGUGCAUAUACUUUUUAUAAAAGUUAUGCUCAUAAAUUGGGAUUCAGUGUGAGAAAACAAUAUUUGAAGCGUGUUGAUGGACAGAUAAAAAGAAGAACUUUUUGUUGUUCAAAACAAGGUCAGAAAGGUGUUGAUAAAAGGUGCGAACAAGUGAAAUUUGAGCAUCAAAGUUCCCGAGUAAAUUGUUUGGCUCAAAUGACUUGUCAACUCAAAUCGGACGGUAUGUUUGAAGUUGUUUCUUUUAAGGCAGAUCAUAGUCAUGAACUUACUCCUACACCAAUGAAACAUAUGUUAAGAUCACAAAGACAAAUUACACCAGCUCAUAAAGCUGUCGCUGAUGAUGCUGCAAAGGCUGGAUUAUCUGUUAGAUCCACUAUUAAUUUAUUGACUACACAAAGUGGAGGUCGUGAAUUUAAUGGAUUUUUGGACAGUGAUUUUAGAAAUUAUAUAUCCGCCAAGCGUAGAAUAGAGAUGAUUAAGGAAGAUGGUCAUGCUAUUAUGGAAUAUUUUCAUAAAAUGCAAUUACAAGAUCCUUCUUAUUUCUAUUUGGUGCAACUUGAUGAUGAUGAUAAUUCUAUAUUAAAUGUGUUUUGGGCAGAUGGCAGAUCAAUUAUUGAUUACCAACACUUUGGAGAUGUUGUAUGUUUCGAUACAACUUAUAGAACAAAUGAGUAUGCUAGGCCGUUUGCUCCAUUUGUUGGUGUUAAUCAACAUAAAAAAAGUAUUAUUUUUGGUGCAGCUUUGCUAUAUGAUGAAACGAUAUCAUCUUUUAAAUGGUUGUUUGAGACUUUUCUCAGUGCAAUGUCCGGAAAACAACCUGUGACGAUAUUUACAGAUCAAUGUGCAGCGAUGGCCAAAGCAAUUGAGGAGGUAUUUUUUCAAACCCAUCAUCGAUUAUGUGUGUAGCAUAUUUAUCAGAAUGCUGCCAAAAAAUUUAAGCCAUGUUUUUCAUUCAUCAAAACAAUUUGCAAAUGAUUUUAGCUCAUGUGUAUACGAUUAUGAAGAAGAAGAUAAAUGGCUUCAAGCUUGGGAUAAUAUGCUUAAUAAGUAUAUGCUUACUGAUAAUAAAUGGUGCAGUGGAAUUUUUGAAGUAAGAAAAAAAUGGGCUAUGGUAUACGGACGUCAUAUGUUUACAGCUGAUAUGAAGAGCACUCGACGGAGUGAAUCAAUGAAUAGUGUUUUAAAGAAAUACUUGGAUGCAAAAAAUAACUUUAUGCAUUUUUUUGAUAAUUAUAGCAGGUUGCUAUCAGAUAGACGGUAUGAUGAGUUGUUAAAAGAAUUUAAAAUGAGAGAAAGGGUUCCAGUUUUACAGGUUAAUGUUGAGAUGUUAAGGCAUGCUUCAAAAAUAUACACUCCUGCUAUAUAUAAAAUGUUCCAAGAUGAGUAUAUGAAGGUUUUGGAUUGUGUUAUGCACAGAGUUGACAAAUCUGAAUUUGUUACUAGUUACAAGGUUCAAUGUGGUAAAAAGGAUCAAGAGCACUUGGUUUCUUUAGAAAUGUCAACAAGAAUUGUUAAGUGUAGUUGUAUGAAAUUUACUUUUGUAGGAAUUUUAUGCGCGCAUGCUCUGAAAGUUCUUGAUAAGAAAAAUAUCAAGAUUUUUAUCA